AUGGUAAAUUAUAGCUAGAAAUUUUGGUCUCCUAAAGGUCAUUUUAGAGGAAACAAAGUACUUUUGGCUGCUCAACUCAGUGGAUUUGCCUUAGAAACCCCAGAAUUUCCAUGGAAAGAUACAAAUUCAAAAGAAUUCCUCACAAAAUCACCCUUCAAAGCAGUCCCUGCAUUAGAAAUUGCUAGCGAAACUUAUUUAACAGACUCCAAUGCGAUUAUGAUAUAUAUUUGUCAAGCAACCCAAUCAGAAUUAUACUCAGGUUCCCCAGAAAUUUUAGCAGAAAUUGACUCAUGGCUUGAAACCAUCCAAACCCAAAUUGAACCUGCUCUAUGCAAUUGGAUUAACCCUUACUUUGGCGUAGCCCCUCCAGACAAGCUUCUGCAAGAUAAAUCGGCCAAAGAAGUAAAAAGGCACCUAGAAGCUAUUGACAAACUUCUUAAUCGGCACAGAUAUCUUUGUGGUGAUGAACUUACAAUCGCUGACAUCUCACUAGUUUCAGCACUUGUAUAUCCAUUUAGGAUGCUUAUAGAUGAAAAUCAAAGAAAAAGCAUCAAAUCUGUUGUAGAAUUAUUUACGAAAGUUGCGGAUCUUCAACAAUUUAAAUUAGUUUGGGGCAAUGCAAAAUUCUGCACAUCUCAGCUUCAAUUAGCUGAAGCAAUGCCUAAAAAGAAGCAGGCAGAAAAGAAAAAACAAGAGCACAAGGAAACAGAAGAGCUAAAGUCUGAAGCAAAGCCAAAACCUAAAACAGAGCCAAAGCCAAAACCUACACCAAAACCUAACGUAGAGCCAAAGCCAAAAUCAACACCAAAGCCUAAAGAAGAAGAUUCAGAAGAAGGAGAAGACGAUUGGAUCAUAAACUCAUCAAAAGCAAAAAACCCUCUAGACUUGCUUCCUGAGCCUAUGGAUAAAUAUGGCUUGACGAGCCAACCUGCCCUCUUAACGCCUGUAGCCAGAGAGAGUCUGGAGACCUUGUGGAAGGGAGAGCAGAGUUUGGUAUGUGUACCUGGCCGGGUUUUACUUGGUCUGAUGGAGCGCAAUGUCGGGUUGACAGCCGCAAGCUCACAUUCAUAUCAAAGUUUUACCUGAGGAGGAUGGAACUUGGAAAUUGAAAAGGGAUAGCCCAGCAAGAUCAGAGGGCGUACGCUUGCCAAUUGGGCAAUUUCCUAGCGCGAUACCAAGAGUUGCACCCUGGGCUACGAGUUUCAUCUAGGCCGAAAGCCUGACCAAAAAAUUUCAUUUUUUUGAAUUUCGUAAAAGGCAACCUCGUUGAGUCUUUACAUCCUGCCAGCAAGUGCAAGCCCUUGUCAAAAGGGAGUAGCACAAUCAGUACGUUGCAUAAUCAGACUGACAAGCAAGGGGUUGUGCGAAGCAAGUGAUAUGAAAAGCCAUUAGUCUGCUAUCCGGGAGCUUCUCUAUAAUAAUUUAAUGAAUAAAUGCUUCCCGAGUCUCAAUUUGUACUUGACGAUUUUAAAAGGUAUUACUCAAAUGAAAAAGACAAGCAAAGCGUAAUGAAAUUAUUCUGGCAAACUUUUGACGAAGAUAGUUACAGUCUUUGGUGGAUGAAAUAUCAAAAAUUAGAAGGAGAAUGCGAAAAAAUUUAUAUGACUUGUAAUGCAGUAGAUGGAUUUUUACAAAGAAUCGAGGUUAUCCGCAGACACUGCUUUGGGGUUAUAGGAGUAUAUGGGGAUGAGCCAAACUUGGAAAUAAUGGGAUUAUUUAUGUGGAGAGGCAAAGGAAUUCCAAUCGAAGUAAAUUUUAUGUAGAUAUUAGAACAUUCAGAAUAUUACGAUAAAUUGGAGUUGAGUUCUGAUAAUCCUGAACACAGGCAAAGAGUAGAGGACUACUGGUGCAACUUGACUGAAGAUCUCAAAGUUGAUGGCUUAACACCAAGAGAAAUUUGGCAAUUUAAAUAA